GCCAUCAUUAUCCUCACUCUUUAUUCUAUCUUGUUAGCAGGGGGGAAAAAAACGGAAGUGAUGAAAAUGAAAUCUCUAAUCUUCAAAGCAACUUUACUAAUCUCAUAUUUGAUGUUGAUGGUGUUGCAGUUGCAAUCAAGUGUUGAUGGGCGCGCCGUACUUUCUCUCUCCAAACCAGACCCCAAUGAUGCCGCUGCUUACGCGCGUUGGUUGGUCUCCCAGAAUUCAUGGGGUGUCCUCAAUACCCUUUCAGCAGAUUUAGGAGGAGCACCUUUCGGGAAUGUGGUUUCAUUUAGUGACGGGAUACCAGGAAAAAGUGCAGGUAUACCGUAUUUCUACUUGACAACCCUUGAUCCCACCGCAGCUAAUGCUUUGAAGGACCAAAGAUCCUCAUUCACAAUCAGCGAAUACCCAAUUGGGACUUGUGGAGAAACAGAUCCUGAAAACCCUACUUGUGCAAAAAUUACACUCACAGGAAAGUUAAAACUGGUUGAUGCAGACUCCGAAGAAGCAGGAUUUGCAAGGUCUGCCUUGUUUGCAAAGCAUCCUGAGAUGAAAGGUUGGCCAGAGAGCCACCACUUCCAGGUAUUCAAACUAGAAAUCAAAGAUAUAUUUUUGAUUAACUGGUUUGGAGGCCCAAAACCGCUUACUGUUAAGCAGUAUUUACAUUGGAAAAUGAACAAAUUGGCAUUCUCUUUGUAGUAUUCGGAUUCUGGCAUGCUGUAUCAAUGUAAAAACCAAGUGUAGAUAAAACAUUGUUUCUGAUUAACGUUAUUAUGCAAAGUGCAUCACUUUGUACUGUCUAUUUUUAGUUUGUAAGGUGCUUAUACGUGUGUGCAUUAUGAAAGUGGUACAAUACAUUUUCAUGUUCAUGUAAGAACUAGUAGUAAUUGGGUAUACACUGUAUAGUAUCAACACCGUAAUUGGUAUGUAAUUUAUUUAACUUCCUCUAUUCACAAAUAAGAGAUGAAGGUUGUGUUUACAUAUUAAACAGUUUUUUGUGGAUGUAGAAUUAUUUUUUUGAUUCUGAA